GCUGAGCGAGAGGGCCCGGCCCCCUGGCACUGUCCGGCUUCCGGCUGCUGCCUACCCCUGCGGCUGCUGCCUCCCGCUGCGCCGAGCUGCGCUGGACUCCCGGCAGUGGGGAAGGAAGGGCUACGGGCCGCUCAGUCGCCAUGUCGUUGCUCUGCUACAACCGGGGCUGCGGACAGCGCUUCGACCCCGAAACCAAUAAGGAGGAUUCAUGCACCUAUCAUCCAGGUGUGCCAGUUUUUCAUGAUGCUCUCAAAGGUUGGUCAUGUUGUAAGAGAAGAACAACAGACUUCUCUGACUUCUUAAGCAUUGUGGGCUGUACAAAGGGUCUCCAUAACAGUGAGAAACCUCCUGAGCCAGUUAAACCAGAAGUCAAAACUACCUCUGAACGAAAGGAGCUGGCUGAUCUCAAGCCCCGAUUUCAAGAACACAUUAUUCAGGCACCAAAACCAUUGGAAACAAUUAAAAGGCCAAGCCCAGAUGAACCAAUGACAAAAUUGCAGCUGAAGGUAUCAGCUUCCCUCAAGCAAGCACUGGAUAAACUGAGACUGUCAUCAGAAAGUGAAGACAAAAAAGAGGAAGAUGGUGAUGAAAUCAAGAUUGGGACAGCAUGUAAAAACGCAGGCUGUUCAAAAACCUAUGAAGGACCACAAAGCACAGAAGAAGUGUGUAUUUACCAUUCUGGUGUACCUAUAUUCCAUGAAGGGAUGAAGUACUGGAGCUGUUGUAAAAGAAAAACAUCUGACUUCAAUACAUUUUUAGCUCAAGAAGGCUGCACAACAGGGACACACGUGUGGACUAAGAAGGAUGCAGGUAAGAAAGUGGUUCCAUGCAGGCAUGAUUGGCACCAGACUGGAGGAGAAGUCACUAUUUCUGUAUAUGCUAAAAACUCCAUUCCUGAUCUGAGCUACGUAGAAGCAAAUAGCACAGUGUUAAAUAUCCAUAUUGUGUUUGAAGGAGAAAAGGAAUUCCAUCGGAGUGUGAAAUUAUGGGGAAUAAUCGAUGUAACGAGGAGUUAUGUGAACAUGACGGCUACAAAGAUUGAGCUGACUAUGAGAAAAGCAGAGCCCCUGCUCUGGGCAAGUCUUGAGCUACCAGCAUCCAGCACACAACAGAAAAAAGAGGGUUCGGAUCAAUAAUAAUUGCAGGAGACAAGCUAUUUCCCCUCAUGAAUUGGUGACUUGCUACUGUAAUCAAAUAUUUAACUUUUAUAUAGUUUGUUUUUUUUUUAAAUGCUAGCUCUUAUGUUCCAUUCUACAAAGAAAUUUGACGCACAGGAACUGAGGGUGUAAACUUGAAGGGUAAUAGCUAUUUCUGCUCGUGCUUCCAUGAGUGUAUUUAUUCUAGUUAGAGCAUCUCCAUGGGGUUUUAGAGUAGAAGAGCUGUUACCCUUUGCUUACAACCUUACCUACCAUGCACUGACUACCCACAUAGAUGUGUUCUUAGCCCACUCUGUGGUAAUUUUUCAACUGUUUGGUUUAGACUGGAUCUGCUGGGUAGUACAUGUUAAAUUCAGCACCGUUCGUUAUGAAGCAUAUGGUAACAGAUACAAACAUCUGAGUUUAUGAGAUGAUUAGCAUGCAAUUCUAUAUCUAGAACAGAAAAGAUACAUACAAAUGAAAGAACACUUUUAGACUUCCAAUUUUUCUUCUGGAACUAAGGUUUAUUUCAAUACUUGUUGGCUAUGUAGAGAUUAAAUAAAUGGUAUUUUGCUAAGGAUUUCACAACUUGCUGACUCUAGCUGUCUUUCAUGUAUAAAUGCAGAUUAGAUUAAAGUAAAAUUUGACAAGAGGAGAUCUUUAAUUUCUUUUUCUUCUCUAUCUUUGGUAUAUGAAUUGUUAAACAUGAAUGGACAGUGAAAUGGCUGAUAACUCAGCAUUCCAGCUAUGGAGGAUAUACAAAUAGCAGAUUAUUGUAAAGUUAUCAAGGUGCUGUAUAUAUUUGACAGUUUUCAGAAUGUAUCUUCUAUCAUAUUGUACAACAGUCAAAAUGAUGAAGCUUUUCAGAGCAGUUGGGUAUGUGACAUCCCUUGAGACACACUGUAAGUGUCUCAAUAGAAUUAUUUCCAUGUAGAUAGGAUUGUUUCUGAGAACGGUAAUAUAAAAACUAAAUUUAUCUACAGGAUAAAUCUUUGGAGAAACAAACAAAAAGCUUUAAAAUGUCUGUCUCAAUUUGUACUUUGAAUGAAAAUAUUUUUUCAAUAUUUUAAAAUAUUUCCUUAGAAUGGCAUGAGCAAAACACUGUUAACUAGAAAUCAAGACCUUUUAUUUUUGUUUUCAGUUCUCCCAUCAGUAAAGCUUUGUGUCUGGAAACAGAAUAGUUUUAAGGAUGAGACUUUUAUCCAAGCAGCAAUGCGUGCAGUAAUGUUGCUCUGUGUUUCUGCUUGGCAUGGUUUCUUACUUUUGGGUUGCAGCUGAAACAUAACCAAUGUUUUUGUAUGUGUCAUGCAAAAUGUACACAGUUGUUUAUUGUGCCAAAAUUUAGAUGUGUAACCAAGUGGUCCUGUGGACUUCUGAAAUGUGUGGAUGCUCAUCUGCCUAUCACCGUGGCUGAGCUGGAGUAAAGCCAAGAGAAAUGCAGAAUGUAGUAAAGACAUCAGUAGGUUCAGUGUGGACUCGUAAGAAUCUUAACUGUUUUCCGUCAGGUAUAAUUUGACUUGAGCUCAGAGUUCUGUCUCUAGCACUGCUUGAAGUCCUACUUCAUGCUUCAAGUAAUGGGAAAUAUGUUACCAAAGAAACUAUCCCCAAACACCAAGCAAGUAACAUCAGUGCUGUAUACUUUGUUUGUUUUGGUGCUUCUUAACCUUCCUUUCAUGAUCCUGUUUCUUUACUAACUUGGAGGGAGUUCAAUUGCUUACUCGCUUGGGCACCUCUUAAUAGGUUGCAGCUUUAAGUUCUACCUACAAGGUUCUAUUAACCUCUAAUAAAGCCACCUCUUUAUUUUGGGGUUUUGGUGUUUUGGGGGUUUUUGUUUGUUUUCUUUUUUAAUAUCAGGUGCUCUGAAGAGGCAGGAUGCAGGCAUACAUUUUUGUAAAUUGGUCCUCUAAAAACUGAACAGAUGUUCCCUGAUGUGUUCUGAAACAACAGGUGGAGUUCAUCUUAGUAGAAUCCUGGGAACAAGCAGAAUUACACUAAUCAGUAUAAUCUGAUGCUGUCAGUAUCAGAGAUCAAGUGAAUGAAAAAUUCUAGAUAACUGUAUCUGCUAGCAUGCCAUCUGUGGUUUUGUAUGCAGAACUCUGAACUUGGACAGCAAAACGAGCAAUGUUUAAAUGUCAGGGUAAAGUUCUUAUUUAACAAGCAAGUUCAGACAUGUCUACCCAUAUGGAUGUGUAAAUACCCAAAACAUCUUAUGUUUUUCCAUAUAGUUUUCAAUUGCAUCCUCACAUGUAGUAGGUUUAUAUCAUGUAAAAUCCAUUUUAAAGAGCUACAAGGGAAAUGAAAUAACUUCUUGUGAAAAUGUGAUUUUUGAUUUCAAUCAAGUCAUAUUCUCUUUAGUAUUCUAAAUUGAGAAAAUCUGGACAAAUGGACCUUCUGCUGUUAAUGCUGCAGCUUUGCAGAGCCUGUGGCUAUUUCUUAGACUUUCAAACUCUAUUCUGCUGGUAGCUGAGUCAACUUGGCCAUAACUUGAAAAAGCUCCUGUAAAGAGAAGCUCAGUUUUGCUUUUGCAUUUUAUUCAUUCCUCCUGCUCUUUUCCUGUUGUUCAUACUCUUGGCACAAAAUUAGAGAUACUUAGGAGUUCUGUAACGAUUUCCCCCACCAGUGACUAUAAAACCACUUUUGAAAUAAACCUGUUUAAAAAAGUAAGCAAAAAAACCCAAACAACUUUGAUCAGGCAAGAAAGUACAGAUUAUACAACUUAAGUCUGGUUUUCUGUGGCCUCUAAUGCUUUUCAAAGGGAAACUUUCAGAUUUAGACUGCUGUAAGUCUCUUGUUUAACUGUAUUAAUUCUCAGCAGGUCUUUAUAACCAUAUGUCUGCACCCAUCAUCUGGCUGCAAAAGCUGUGUUGUUUACUGAAUGUGAGCAUUUUGAGCAGUUGCUUAAAACACACUUCAACACACCAGUGUUUGAUCCUGGUAUUUCAUGAAAUUACUUCCUUGACAGGAGCAGUGGUAGCUGACACUUCAAUGGAAUAUUGAUUUGGCUGUAAGUUAUUAAUAAAUGUGGAGAGAAGGUGAAACAAACUGUGUCAAACCGAUCACAAUGCUUUCUCCAGAGUAUUGAUUUGAAAGCUACGUAAUUUUUGAUUAUGUAGGCUUUCAUCUGUCUGGUAACACUGAAACUAAUUUGCAGAUAGGUAGGUACUGGAAUAUUCCUGUUAAGUUUACCUUUUGUCAUGUGCUCAGCAGUUGUGCUGUAUUUAACAGUUUGGUUAACUUGAUACUGUCUGGCUAUAUUUUUACCAUUAAGGAGCCUUUACGAGCUUAUUAGUGUGUCUCAGGAUUGGUUUACACAUUAUCCACGUAGACACCAUGUUGCAUAUCUGAGUACUGACUGUCCAGGUACAGACAAAGAUUUACCUUCACAGUCCCCUUUUUAACAUGAAAAAUCAUAUGGGUGUGUAAGUUUGUGACAGAAAUCCUAAUCCUUUCCCUCAUGUGUAAGUCAGUUUUCAUGCCUAACAUCGCAUAUUACAGCUGUAGCAACUUUUCUUGGAGGAGUCAGACCUUAACAUAUGGUCAAGCAUUGGGCUGCUCUGACUGUUACGUGGCAUUGAUGUAACUUGACAGAAAAAUCUUCCUUUGGGUGAUCUUCCAGAACACAUACAUUGUCAAGUCAUCAUUUCAAUAGUUUAGGGAUUAGUUUAACUAAGAGUUUUGCCUUGGAAAAAAUCUACUUAUCCAGCAUAACUGCCUUUUUUGCUUGCAUUCUUUACACAUGGCAUGAGUAUUGGUUAAAUGCUGCACCUGUUAAUCUUCCCAAUUGCUACUAAAAUAUUUUUAUGUCCUUUCAGGAACGAGAUCCUUUUAAAAGUAAUGAGUUAGGUGCCUGGAACAAGACCAGGUCGGAUGGGGCUUUGAGCAACCUGGUCUAGUGGAAGGUGUCCCUGCACCAUGGUAGGGGGGGUUGGAACUAAACGACCUUAAGGUCCAUUCCAAUCCAAACCACUAUAUGAUUCUAUAAAACUGUUUCAAGGUGGUGCUAAUUUUGUCAUUAUGAGAGUUGAAUUACAGUUGAAAGGAGGAGAUGUCUUUAUGCAUGGUUGUUUGAUUCUUCACGUUCAUAAGAGUUGAAUCAGAAAUUAAUUUCAUGUUUUCAUGCUCAGUUUUUUGUUUCCCUAAAUGUAUUCAAUAAAAUUAUUACUACAUUCUGGUUC